AAACGCGAAGAAGAGGAAGUGGCGGAAGGGGAGGUAUUUUUAAGACACACGAGAGGCACUGCUACGCAAAUGGGACGCAGUCGAAUUAUUGAGAGAGCUAAAAGAGCUGUUGGCAUUUAGUCCGUCAUGUUAUCUAUCUUUACUAAAACUUCACAUAUUCCUCACUUCGUGAACGCACCGCUCAACAUGGUGACAGCGCAGAGAAUCAAGAACAUCUCUAAACAGCUCAGGAACAUGUCUCACCUUCUAGGGAUUCAUCCGUUUACUGAAGUCAUGUUGCAUCCCAUCUGUCAACCUCCAAACAAAUGGUUUGAGAGCAGAGGUGAUGGUGACAGGUGGAGGAAAAACAUUCAUCUGACAGCAAAACUGGAGAAUUUCACCCCUGUGCAGAUAAGUGAGCUGUCGGAAGCAGCGUAUGAGAAGCUGGCAAAUGAGACACUGGAUGCUCUGGCGAACUACUUUGAAGACCUGACAGAUGAACCUUUCACUGGAGCAGACUAUGAUGUUGUCUUAUCUAGUGGUGUGCUGACAGUGAAGGUGGGUGGAAACCAUGGCACCUAUGUCAUUAACAAACAGACACCAAACAGACAGAUCUGGCUUUCUUCUCCUACCAGUGGACCAAAACGCUAUGACUGGACAGGUGAACGCUGGGUAUACAUUCGUGAUGGUAUAAGCCUCCACCAACUAUUGUCUAAAGAGUUUUCCAUCAUCUUCAGUAAAACCAUGGACCUCUCUGACCUGCCAUAUUCCUGAGAUGCCACACCUGCCACUGACCUGCCUCUACUAAUGGAACACCUUUUGUCAUGUAGGGGUCAUAGACAUAGUAUAUAAAGUUGCCAGAAAAAGUCAUGGCACUGUUUACAGUUUCCUGGUUUUCUGCAUAAAUUGGUCAUGAAAUAUUAAAUAGGUAUAAAGACAUGAAAAAUCAUGACUUUG